CCUUUCUCACCGGUCGACAACAACUGGACCCGACUUGAAGCUGCAACAUCUGUUUUCAGGAGGGUUAAUUUAUUUCCUUCUGAAGAACCAUGUCACCGUUAUCCACCCUAUAGCGAGUGUAUCCGCAUCUGAAGCAAGUCGCCACCAGCGCGAUACUUGUUCCUUUAGCCAUUCUCCUUCCUUCUCUUCAAUAUCAAAUCAUGGAAGACGUUCCGGUAUUCAGAGCCGCGAAGCGUAGGAGGUUUGCACGACUCCAGCAAGAAACACCAGUAGCAAACCCCGAGGCCGAUGUUUCUCAGACGGAUGACGCUUCGUUGGGCGGCGAAAACGAGACACUAAAUGAUGAUGGCAACGAAGGUGGAAUCUCAAGUCUCAUCCGUGCACGGAAGCACGUCCGAAAGGCUGUAUCUGGUGUUCAAUUCUCAAAUACGAAGGUUAUGCAACGAGCGGAUGGAGACACUGGCAUGGAGGUUGUCAAAUCAGAUCAGAAUGCCGACAAGCCCAUAGACAUCAACAACCGUUUUGUCGGAAGCACCGGGCAGGUUGUUAAUGUUGAUCAACAUAUGGUUGCUUUCAUAGACUCCGAAAUGGCUAGGAGACGGAGCCAUCUCGUCACCCCUUCAACCAUCUCUCAGGGGAACCUGGAGAAUGACACAUAUCACGAUGCUCCCUCGUCCAAUGAGUCAGGGUCGUUAGCCCAGAAGACACCUACAACCAAUCCCGUCUCCACUCGUCAAUUGGCCGAAGUCGACCUGGGGAAUUCUGUCCACGAUACUAAUCUGGCCCGCACGCAAGCUGCUCUCGAACGUGUCAAGGCUGGUCGAGCCCCUGUCGAAGAAGUGGACAAACCACCGAAGCCUCGAAAGCCGCGUCUGGGUCGGGACGGCAAACCCAUGCGGCCGCGACCUAGGAAGCGAAGGAACAGCGAAGACAUUGCGCGAGACGCUCUUGUGGAGCAGUUUCUGCAUGAGAAUAAAAUUGAUCUUUAUGAUACGAACUCUCCAGGGCUGGCAAGCGGCCGGUCCGCCGCUGGCGAAACCGCUGAAGAGGGUGAUACGGAUGAUCGCUUUGCUGAGCAAUUCCGGCAAGAUUUCAUGGAUGCAAUGGCCGAGAGGAGGACCAAGAAGCAUACCAACCAGCCAAAGGCUGCAGGUGUCUCGGAGUCGAGAGGUCCGAAGCUGGGAGGGAGUCGAAGCGCAAGAGCAAAGAUGAUGCAAUGGCAACAGCAACAACAGCAGGGGCAGGCGGGAGCGAAGAAGUGAGAGUCCAACUGGCAGCGUGGCGGAUCAGAUUGAUGAUGAUUAUGAUGAUCAAGCACUGCAAUACUUGGAUCUCUCACCAACACAUUGAGAGUCGUGCAAUUGAGACUAUGUUGCAUGAUUUUGUUGUUGUAAGCAAGAUUUAAACCAUCUCUCGUUGAGCCCAUCUGCUUCCGCUGCCUCGCCGUUCUGCAUGUCAGAUCAUUAUGACCGGCAGCUUCACUGAUGAACACCCUUUAGCCCGCGCUUGACUAACACCACCUGCAUCAUGAUCACCUGGAGCUCGGGGCUUCAGGUACAGAUAGGUGGAAUGGACAACUGACCGCAGGGGCCUCGAUGUGACCCGCUUGCUCGCGGUCGCGUCAACAGGUUUGUUGGAUCUUCUUCUCCGCUACUUGGCACAAGGCCAAGUCAAACGAUGAAAAAGAGAAAGGUGUCCAGAGGACAACCAUGAGAAGGUUCCAAAAAUUGAGCAUUGUCUAGACAAAAGUUGAAUAUGGGUUUUUCAAAAAUUCAAGGUGUUUUCAAAAAAGGAUUUGAAAACCUGUCCCGAGGGACAGAAAAAGGUUUUUGCACAAAAAAAAUUUUGAUGAAUCUGUCCAGAAGGACAAGAUUCUGUGGAAGGGGUUCCAAAAAUUGUGAUGUGAACAACAGUGGUUCACUGGUACUCAUCGAAUCCUGGGACUCGAGAUGAUUUGUGUGUGUCCCUCUUGGGGAACCUCAAACCAAGCUGCUGGUGUUCGAAAGAUCACACGGCAGUUUGUUUGAAGCUCAAACAAGACACAAAGUCUGAAGGUGGCAAGAAAGAGAAGGUACCACUUGACAAGCGCCAGGCAUAAGUGUAAGGCCUGGGGCAGUCCUCGCAACAGACCUUGAUCUCGGUUGACUUGAGGAGGGAAAGGAAAAAGAACAGAAGGUGUCUGAGAGAGAAAAAACCACAGAUAUUUAUGCCUUUUCGCGACGGGGCUCGUGCUUGGCGGCGCUGGCUCUCACUGCCUAGUAAGGUCCAGCGUGCUAAGGAUCAAUCGAGGGAGACUUGGCGUUGGCAAUGAACAGCAGGGCAGAAGGAUCUGGCAGCUCUGAAUGAGGUGCGGCAGAAAACGUUCCUAUGCGAAUGUUGUUGGCGGUCUGUGUCAUGUGACAAGGCUGCGUGACUUGGAUACUGGCUGUGGAAGAAAGGAGACGAAGGCCCCCUGGAACCCGGAACUCGCGUCACGCACUGCACCGCUCCUCCUUGAGCCUCUCUACUGCCACCUACGCACAGCACGAUAUCGAUCAGGUGUUUGGGUAUGUCCAGAAUGACGAAGGAGAAUGACAUGGCGAGAGCAAGCGGACCGAUACACAACCCCAAACAGAGAAAAAAAAGGGAGCAGUGCGCGGGCAGUCAGAAUGGAAAGGGAAAGCGCAUUGCCGGAGGAGAUGUGGAAGUGGACAUGGACGGACGGUGCGCUUGGAGGUAGGAAUGGAGAUGGAUUCUGGAGUGAGAAGCGGAGACAAAGCUCAGGGGGGACAACAACCCGAGCUGAAGGAUUGAGUGGAUGCUUUGCAUGGGUUCUGAGCAGAGAGCAGAGAGCAGAGAGGCCAAGGCAGGGCAAGGGCAGAGCAGAGGGACUGGAGAGUUGCAGGGUAGAGUGGGAGCAUGAGCCACCGUCCAUCAACCACCAAGGGCAGGGCAAGCUCGGGACAUGCUCAUUGAUAGAUGGCGCCUCUCAGCUCUCGUGGACGUGUGACAGCUUGAGAAAUGAAACGUCAAAAAAAGGAACGGACGGUAAGCACUUCCUCAUGGUCUUUUUCUUUCCAUGAAGUUGUCUCCUAUUUGCCCAUUCCCAUCCACGGGUUCAAGAAUCACCACACGUAUUGCCCGGUACAGAUUAAACCACAUCUAUAGAACAUAUACAGAGGAGCAAAGCACAUAUGCGGCUGCGGAG